GGGGCAUCUUGAAGAGGGAUGAUUCAGUGGAAUGUCUUUGAAUGGGGUCGUCAGUUGAGGUGUGAGCAGAGAACAAACCCAGACGGCAAAGACGGACUGUCUGUGGGUUUCUUCACCAAAAUAUACAACAAGGACAAAGUAAAAACACUUACGGAUCAUCUGGCAGGUCGUUAGGUGACACCCAGGUGUGAUCACGAACACGAAGUGAACUACCAUGGAAAGUUUUCGGUUUGCACUUUAACUUUUAACGGUUCAGAUGUCUCGAGCCUCUGUGAGUUGUUGAUUUCGCGGGCUUUUGUCGCGGGGAUGUUGUUGACACUCUCCGUCACGGCGCUCGUGCUGUGCGCGUGGCCGGUGAGCCUCGCGCACGGCUGCCAGCUCCCCACGGAGUGGCGGCCGCUGAGCGACGGGUGCCGCGCAGAGCUGGCGGAGAUCAUCAUAUACGCGAAGGUGCUUGCCAUUCACCGGGAGCAGUAUCACGGUGGGGCGGGGAGCCUGUACAACUCGCUCCCCUACCCGUACGGCUACGGGUACGAGGGCGCGGAGGAGGGUCUGCUUUAUUCGGCGGAGGUGGAGCUACUGUGCGACCAGGCCUGGGGGAGCAUGCUGGAGGUGCCAGCGGGCUCCCGGCUCAACCUCACCGGCCUGGGGUACCUGUCGUGCCAGUCGCACACGGUGAUGGACAACUACUCGUACAUCUUCUUCCUCCGGUAAGGAUUCACGUAAAAGCAUUUCGUAAUUGUUAACUCCCAAUGUUAAGAACACUUCAGCGAACCAAAGUUUAGAAAAACGUUUUCAAAGUUUUACUUCAAUACAUUUUAUAUGCGUCCAUUAAAACUGUAUGUUUCCAUGAGACCUAACACUAAAUGAGGGAAAUAAAUCGGGAAUGUUCGUAAGCGUGCAUCAAUCAAACUUUAGAGCUGCUGUGCUCAGGGUGAAACUUCUUGAAGACAUUUGAAUGCAAAAAAUAGUUUUUUAAAUAUUUAGAAAACUCCAUCAAGUAGAGAGAGGGGGAGGAGAGUUAACGAGAGAGAGGGUGGGAGA